GGAUUGGUUCAGGAAAACGUAUUCUAUGAUGCAGCUGUAGAAUAGCAUCUGAUUGGUCCGAUCCAAAGGCAGAUAACUAACCUGAGGGGUUGUGAGCCCUGGGAGUUCCCUCCUGCCCCAGGAACAGCUGCAAGGCGCUCGCCGUGUCAGUCCUGAGAAGCGCCGUUCAGCUCCGAGCCCAGCCCCGGGCGGCUCCCAGCACCAGGAUGGUUUCCUUCAUCCUCUGCCUGCUCCCUGCUCUCCUAGCUACGAGUGCACAAGCGUCAACCCUGACAUGCAAAACCUGCGCUGGUUCAGCGGACGCCUGCCGUGCUGCUCAAGGGACCUGCAGAGUGGACAAGGCUACAGGUGGCUGCUAUUCGGUGGCAGAAGAUAUUACACUGGAGGGGAUAAAGACCAUGGGCUUCGCCAGUCGCUGUACAAAUAACUAUAAUAUGGGAGUUAAAGACCCCGUCACUCUCACUCUUGGAAAUGGCACGUAUCUGCGGAUCAACACCACAUGGUGCAACACAGACAAUAACUGUAACUCGGCCGUACCGGAAGUGCCCAAGGGGAGCACCACCAAGAAUGGGCUGCAGUGCCCGACCUGCUGGUCUCUGAGCACUGAUACCUGUGACAGCCACAUCGCCCCUUGUACAGGGGACGAGACCUAUUGCAUCGAUUUCGCUGGGACGAUACGGAGAGGUUCAGAGAAAUCAACAUUUGCUGCAAAAGGCUGCGCUACUGCGUCCACAAAAGUGAUUAAAGGGGGAAUGGGCCUGUUUUCUGCACUCUCCACGUUCAUGUUCACCAAAGCGACCUCCAAACCUGCGGAGAAAACACCCCCCAGUGGGGCCAGCCCGGCUCUGGGGCGAUUCUCCUUUGCCCUCUACCUGCCUGGCCUCACUGGGCUGCUGCUGGUGAAGCUGCUCGCCUGACCCCCGACCGGCACGGCCCUCACAGCACCUGAUUCCUGUGCGUUGCAGCCCGAGCUCUGAAUCAUACGUUAAUUCUAUUGAUUACUUACGAAGUCCCAGUGCUCGCUGGGAGGUCUGACAGCCUCUAAUUCCUAGAUCCGUCCCAGUGUUAUUAAAAUUGCUGUUCAGUUGGGAACCCCGAGGGGGCUGGUCGCAGUCCUUGCACUGUAGGAAACUUCUGUGUUUCUAAUGGUUGAUCAGCACAUUUAGCAGAGUCCCAAAGGCUCCAGCCCAGGAAGGGGGACAGCGGUAACACAGAAUGUCCAUCUGAACCGCCCCGUUCUCGCACCGCCCCUUGCAGAACAACCGGAAAUGUCAGUCAUUAUCUUCCUCCUCACCAGCACCUUCCUCCUCAUCACCCGGGGCCGUGAUCCGGGCACCCCCCAAACACUGCGUCUCGCUCACCUCCUGCCCACAGGCUGGGGUGUGACUUUUAUAAUGUUACGCUGACGCCACUGUGCCUAAUGCCUAUUCAGUAGGGGCUUCUCCCCUCCGCCUUAUCUGUAUCUCCUCACCCUGCCGAUGUCGGGGUCCCUUCUCCUGUAGGUUAGGAUGUUACUGAUCUCAGCUUAUUCUCAGACACGUCAAUUCCUUGCCAUGGCCGGCUUGUGGUCAGACAUCUGCAGACAUUCCCGUCCUACAAUAUCCCAAAGCCGGUGUUAGCUCACGUCCCUGUGGCUGGCUGGUGUCAUUACGGACAAACCGCCCCUUUAAACACUCUGUUCCCAGGCCCCCCAAACGUAGGGGCGAGUUGUGAUAAGUAAAGUUGGGGGCGAGCAGCUCCCUUUGAUGGACACCCAGCCAGCCAGUUAGCUGUAAAAUCCCUCUUGGUGGCUGUUCUUAACUUGCUUUACCUGUAAAGGGUUAAGAAGUCCCCCAGGUAAAGGAAAGGAAGUGGGCACCUGACCAAAAGAGCCAGUGGGAAGGUAGAACUUUUUGAAAAUGAGGAAAGAAACUUUCCCUUUGUCUGUUGUUCUCUCUGGGCUGCGGGGACAGGAUCAGCCAUGCUAUAAGCAGCAAUGCUGGGUAAGCUUUGAACCACGUAUGAAACAUUAUUUUCCCUGCCUAGCAGGGCUCAUUGGGACAGGGAAUGUCCAGGUGGACGCAAUCAGGUUAUUUCUUUAUUUUGGCUUGUGGACUCCUCUGUGCUAACCCCAGGUGCUUCUGUUUGCUUGUAUCCUUUAAGCUGAACCCCAAGAAGCUAUUCUGGGUGCUUGGUUUUUGGAAUUGCUCUUUUAAAAACUAGCAGAAGCUGAAGUUCCAGAUGUAUUUUCUUUCUUUUUGAUUUGAAUAAAAUUUACCUGUUUAAAGAACAG